AUGUCAGAGGACGAUCCUCAACGAAAUAUUGUACCUACUUCUGCCUUCUUCGGCAUCGACAUUGUGGACUAUCUUAAAGAUCUGGAUGGCCUUUGGAUUGCUUCCUAUGACGAAGCUUUAAACUUGAGUUUUAAAACCGACCAACCAAGAACAUUACUUGAUGUUCAAGAGGCCGAGGCAAAACUACAUGGGAUAAAUAGAGUGACGGAAGCUCUCAGGCGAGAUUUUCAUUUACGACUGAGCCCUGCUAAGUUGAAGCUCCAGCACUAUGCCUUAAGGCAAACAGCUUUCAUCCUCCACUCCUGCCAACGUCUUCUUAUUUCAGUCAUAGCUUAUAAAAGACAUAACAGAAACAGCCUUCAUGGAAAUGCUAAUGCCCUUGGUUUUGGCUAUGAAAAUUUUUUAUCUCCUACUUCUGUAUCUCGUGCGGCCUUUUCACCUAUUCAAUAUCAAUUAGAAAUCCCGAUUCCAAAAUCCGAUCUCAAUCCUCCUUCGCAAGCAGAUCUUUGUAACUACAUUGAAUUGCUGGAUAAAAUUAAUAAUUUGCUGCAAGUUGUCAACUAUCUUUGGCUACUUCAACUUGAAUUAAGAGAACUUAUUAAGCUAAACAAGGGACUUAAUAAAGAUCUUACAAAUCCUCAUUACAAGGUGAUUCCUAUUCUUGCCGCGUCUCAUCAUUUGGCUUCUGUUCCCGCUCGCCCUAAGACUCUUAGUGAUUAUAGCCAUCCGCGCCAUCUCGAAUCACCCACUAGUUUACCAAACAGCUUCACGAUGGAAUGGCCAUUAAAACUUCUUGAUUGUGAAGUACUUGUCUGCACUCCUGUUUCAGACGAAGGAAUUGUUUCAGAUUGCUAUGAUGUUUGCAGACCACCAUCUCCUGGAUAUCAUGGCUCUUUCUCACCCGAUGUUCUCAAUGUAGAUGAUAGCACUUCUGAAAAAGUG